AUGGAGAAUCGAAAGUCGAAAACCCAACAACAAGAGUCGAAAGUCAAAUCAAAAGUCGAUAGUCAAAAGUUAGAUAAAAGUCCACAGUUUAGGCAAAAGUUGAAGUCGAGGGUUGAAAAUCGAAAGUUCAAAGUCGAGCAGCGAAAAUCGGAAUCCGAAAGUCGAAAGUCGAAAAUCAAAACACUGGUGCACGGGAUGCUGCUGCGCAAAGGUCGCCUCAUGGUACCGCCGGUUUACGUGGCCCAAACGGACGAUCUGGAUGUCCAGCUGCAGACGGACAGUAGCAGUAGCAGUAGCAGUACGUCGGGUGAGCUGAUGAUGACACAGCACGCUACCGCCGGCCAGGAGGACUUGAAGCUGCAAAUUUCGCUCGUUAAACCAACCGGCGGGACGAGCAUCUCGCGGCUGGAUAUCGUACCGGACGUGAAUCACAAUGUGACGCAAAUAAAGAUCCCCUGCAGCUACUUCAUGUACGGUGGGAUUUACGAACUGAGCGUGGAGCGCUCAUUCACCGCAAGCCAAAGCAGCAGUAGCGCUGAUCCGGUGGAAUUUGAUGAGCGGUUGAGACAGCAGUUGAAUGUGAGUUGGCCAACACCAACGGUGAGUCUAGUGCCUGGUACUAUCAGUACUUAUCCAGAGGAAAUUGUCCGGGGGACAUUGCAAUUUUCCGAUGCUCGUUGUCCCAGUUCGACGGUCGUCGUCAAUGACGAAUCAGUGGACGUCCCAGAGUUCUGGCUCGAGCUGGUCUACUGUGGCCAGAACAAGGAAUGCCCACUGGAAUCUAUUUCCAAACCUCAAAUUCUAUUCUCCGAACAAGUUCGGGGCUAUCCUAGCUUAAGAGUGAUUAAUUUUCGCUGUGAUCUAUUCGGACUAGCCGGAUACUAUCUGUUACAUUUACGUUCGGACAGUCGGGAUCCGACGUUGGCAGGAGUUUUGGCCGGAGCAAGAGCUCUUCUGAAGGCUGACUGGAGCAAGCAGUACGUUUUCACCGUUCACGCUCGAAGUAUAUUUCCCUGCGAUGGCCACAGUUUCGGCGUUCGGGUUCUUUUCCAGUAUCCUUCCUGCAUUCUAAACCACUCGGACCGAAUACGGGUGUACGCCAAGCUCCGUGCGGAUGUUUCAUCACUGGUGCCUCCGACUUCGCUGCAUUAUAUCGCGGAACAACGCGUCCAGAAGGGGCAGCACGCGCUUUAUUUCGAGUGCGAUCUGUUUUCCGAACGGUACAUCGAGUACUGUUUCGUGUACGUGAGCCAGGCCAUUUCCGGUGCCGUCGCCGACAUUCGGAUGGAUUGCGUUCCAACGCUUCCGGUUUUGCCUUCCGAUUCCGGUGGCUGGGGUCCCUGGAGCAACUGGACACAUUGUUCGACCACGUGCCGUGGAGGGGUGCGCAAUCGGUAUCGCUUCUGCGAUUCGCCACCACCCCGGUAUGGAGCAAAAUUUUGCGAGGGCCCAUCGGUGCAAACCGAGCGCUGCGGAACGCAGUCCUCGUUCGACUCGUGGGAGUGCAUGUUCAGCCCCGCCGCUGGCAGCAGCCUGCCGGCAGAAAUCGGUUCGGUUAGCACAGAGAUUGGCCCCGCCUGCCGGUGUGGUUGCGUGAUCCACCUCGGGGUGGUGAAACCGAAACGGGUCGUUGCAUCCUCGUCGGAAAGCUGCCCGGAGCGGAGCCUUUGGUUGGUUCAAGGCGACACGGGUCACCGGAUACGGUUCACGGUCGAUUUUAGCAAAUUCCCGUGCGACCAGCAGUGGCUGAAAGUGCGCGAUGGCGAUAAGUUAUCGCACGAGCUGAUUCUGGAGUACGCCUCCGGUCACGUCGAAUCCGGCAAGAGUGCCGAAUCCAGCGGACCGCAGCUUCUGGUGGAGUUUCACUCGAAACGAAUGGAACACUACGACGAGAAUUGUAUAGCGGCUUUUUUGGCGCAAGCCGAACAAAUAAAAAUUCAAACCCAUUCGCCGAACGUAUCGGUGUCGAUGGCCAGCAAGGUCAUCAUGCCGUUUGUCCAAUCGUUCAGCUACGCUAACAUCUCCGUGGUUCACGUCUGUGCAAUAUUAUUCCUAAGCUUUAUAGUCGUUAUAAGCAUUCUGCUGCUGAUGCAAUACAUGUUUCGCUACCGGAAGUACGAGCUUGCAACCAGCCAGAUGGAAGCCGAUUCGCCAGCUCAUACGCUGUUCGGUUCCGGAGUUUCGCUGAACAAUGCACAGCAGCCACGCUCUCGUGCCAUGUCCACCACCACGCUGAUCUCGGAAAUCAUCUCCUACGUUAAACUGCGCCCCAAAAAUGGCUCCAUCAAACAUCAUCGCUUCCGGGAAAGUGUCGAGUACACACUGGAAAAUACCGAUCCCCCAUCCGAUGCGAGUGCCGAGCUGGGGACGAAGGCAGUUUCUUCAGAGAAUGUAGACGAAAUACCCCUGAAGACCCUCAACAAUCUAGACAAUCCAAAAAACUGCGUCGAAAGCAAAGACGACGGAAGUGAAUCACCAACGGAAGUCGCCGAAGAGCUUUCCGAGGAUCUUUUGACCCCGAACGCCAGUUCGGCUUAUUCUACGCUUAAUCGCGAGGAUAGCCCCCUAGUAAAUGGGCGAGAAACCGCUGUAAAUAUGCCCGAGCAUAGAAGCGGAACGAAAAGUGAAGGUGAUCGUUCGCCGAACGAGAAAAUAUCUAUGCCAACCAGCAGUAGCACCGUCACGCUAACGAACAUAAGUCCAUCGGACAUUGAAUGUUCUUCGCCCGCGUCGAGUACGGCCAUCGGUUCCACCGGCAAUAGCCGCACCCGCAAUCUGAAGGAGAGCAAGGAGAAGAAAAACCUCCAGAAGCUGCUGGCCGGAUCGGACUUUUCGCUCGGGCAUCCCGAAGACAUGGAGAUGGACUACUACGAUUACAACGUAACGAAUGCCGGAGCCGCUCCCGGCUCGUACCUCGGUAUGGAUCCGGCUUUUUUAGUAUGGAUUCCUCCGCUCAACGAUGAAGAUGGCAUCUCGGAGGAAGUGGAUCUUGAGCGUGAGGUAAAUGAGGACGACGGGCUGGAGGUAGCUUCCGAACCGCGGAGCAGCAACACGACACCGAACGAGGAAAUCGUAAAGAUUCUGCAGCAGAAACGGCAGGAUUAUCUGCUGGUCAAUAGCAUCUCGCGGAGUGAUAUCUAUUCGGAUAGCGAACAUUCGGAUAAUCGUAGCGGAGUACGCGAGCCGAUGCUCGGCGGAAGACGGAAUCAUUUACAGGAGCUGGCACUGAGCAAUGCUCGACGGAAGAUUAGCUCCCCUGCUGAUGAUUCUUCGGAGGAGAAGGAGAAGGAAACUUCCUUCACAAAAUCACCGCUGGAUAAUAAGCAAAUCGCCGAUUUCUACGAAAUGGCCGACAUUCAGUUUGCCGAUGAUGAAGACGAAGAUGAGGAUGAGGAGGAAAGACGAGUAGAAGUGAGGUCUCGAGUGGCGAGGACAACGCAGAAGGCUGAAGUCGCGAGUGGCGGCACGAAACUGACCACGGUGUGA